AUGAACGAUUACUACGAGGAUCUCAAAGCUGAUCCCAAAUCUUUUUUCUCCAAUAUAAACAAUGCAUUGAGAAAGGGGGGCUAUCGUGGGGUCUUCAAAAAUGGCAAUAUCUUUGCCCAAGUAAUGACAGAAAGAGAGCAGCUACAACAACAACAACAACAAUCACAACAACAACAAUUACAACAACAACAAUCACAACAACAACAAUCACAACAACAACAAUCACAACAACAACAAUCACAACAACAACAAUCACAACAACAACAAUCACAACAACAACAAUCACAACAACAACAAUCACAACAACAACAAUCACAACAACAACCAACCAAAAGAAAAAGAAUUAACAAUGAUCCAAGCUAUCGUGGAAUCAAACCAAAAUUACCAACGCCAGCAACAUUCAUUACCAUUGCCAACAGUGUAGAAAGAAUUGAUAGUUACGGGCAACUAGUCCAAAAUUUACUUUCAGGAGCAACAACAGGCACAACAACAGCAAUAGUACCAGCAGCAACAACAGCAGUAGCGCCAUCGGACCUUAUUGAUUUGGCAAACACCAUCAUCAACUACCAACAAUACGCUGUUCAAACCACUAUCACCAAAGCAGCGUUAAUGUUCCAAUAUCAAAAAAGGUUCCAUCACCUCAAGAACAUCAGUAAACUCACCUAUUCCGCUUUCCUUUCCCGUUGUGUGCAACAUCUCGCCGACGAAGACAAAGAUGACGCUAUGACCAAAAUCAACGAUAUGGUAAAAAAAUGUAGUAUCUAUGGUGAUUUGGUCGAAGCCGCUGGAGGGCCAUGGAUUCUUUGUCUGGCCGACCUAUACCCGGACAGCUAUCUUACAAAGGUCAGCAAAGGAGCUAUGGUCCGAGCAGCUGAAUCCUUGUGCAUUGACGGAUUGCGAACAGAAUUUGGUUCUCGGUUUGCUGGUCUUUUCUUUUAGUUCCUGUAUUUUUUAUGUCAUUUUUAUAUUCCUUUUAGUUGUAUUUAUACUUUUUACAUAUAUACUGUACAUAUCAUUAUUAUUGUUAUUAUUAU